UGAUGAGUAGAGAAACUGAUCGUCUGAUAGUCAUAUUCAUGCAGUUCCUAUUUGACUAGUAGUAUCAUUGUGACUUACUGGAUAACAAUAGUUUUACCACAAGUGGAGGAUGAUGAGCUAUAGGAUCCAAGUGUUUCUCAUAUUGUUAUACACCAGCAAAGUAUUCACCGAUGGAUUGAAUCCUAUCAUUCUAAUUCCAGGUUAUUCGGGAAGUCAGAUUGAGGCUAAACUUACUGACAAAAAAGAUGUGCCAAACGAAUUUUGCUUCAAGAAGAGUGAUGGAUUCUUCAACGUUUGGGCUAGUAUAGAAGUAGUUCUUCCACUUCCCUUUGUAGACUGUUGGGCAGACAACUUGAGAAUGGUAUAUGAUAGUAAGACACACACAACCAAUCCUCCACCUGGCGUGGAGACACGGAUACCUGGCUUUGGAGACACAGCCAAGAUCGAGAAUGUCAACCCUAAGAGUUUGGAUAGUGGGAAGUACUAUCAUGAUCUAGUGGAAGCCCUGGUCAAUAGUAGAGGUUACGUGCGCAAUGUCAAUCUCCGAGGAGCUCCCUAUGAUUUCCGCAAGGCUCCCUAUGAAAACAAACAAUGGUUCAUUGAUAUGAAAAAUUUGAUUGAGGAGACUUACAAUAAUAAUGGCAAGAAACGGGUUAUAUUGAUUGCACACAGUCUUGGUGGACCUAUGACAUUGACCUUCCUCCAAGGUCAAGACCAAAAAUGGAAAGAUAAAUAUGUGGCCGGUUUUAUCACAUUGAAACUCAGGGUUGAACUGUGCAUUAAAUAUAUAUGUAGAUGGAUUUGUCAGCUUACUACUUUUGCAGGAGAUGAUCUUGGAAGUAAACACAUAGAUGGAAUGGUGCAGCGUUCCUUCCAGAUAACAUGGUCUAGUCUGGCUUACCUCAUGCCUUCACCUCUAGUAUUCGACCCGAAAGAGCCAUUGGCUAGAGCAUUCAAUAUAGAUUUCUCUCUCUCCAAUAUUGAAUUUUUUUUCAGAAAUCUGAGCUGUCCUGAUUGCUAUGAAAUGUGGAAAGACUCAGAGCCCUAUAAAGACCGACUGGCACCACCUGGAGUUGAGGUUUACUGCUUGCAUGGUAGUGGCAUAGACACUAUUGAUGAAUUGACCCAAGAAGUCAACGAUAAGCCAAAUCAAGUGGAAAUGUGGACUAGUGACGGAGAUGGAACAAUUAACCGGGUGAGCUUGGAAGCAUGUGGUCGCUGGGAUCAUAAUCAGACUCAAGCAUUCCAUCACGAGGUUUAUCCAAAAGUGGAUCACAUGCAAAUCAUGGGGGACAAUAAUCCGACAAUGGUCAAUCGAAUAAUUGCAAUAGUGGACGAAAUAGCAAAUCAUACUGCAACCUAAGUCUGGUUCAAUAUGAAUAUUAAUGUGAAAAACCUUUCCUGUGUAACAUCAUUAAAAACCUACUGCUGGAGUAUUAAACAUGUGAGGAAGUGUUGCAAUGACAGUGAUGUUCACUAUUAAUAAGUAAAUUAAGCUAUUAAUAAAUAUUGAUGGUUGAGGUUUUUAAUAAACUGUUUUAAUUCAU